AUGGAAGUCAGUCCUCUAGUUGAAUGCCACGCUUCCACAUCGCAUGAACCGUCAACAACGCCUUGCCACCUUCCGAAUCAACCUCUCGACUCAUUCCCAUCCGUCUCUCGACCUUCCUCCCCUGGUGGAGACGUUGAGAUGUUUCCAGCCGAAGAAAUCUCUCCAAACGACCAUGCGAUGGACGACUCGCCACCCACAGUGUCAGCUACAGGUCAUGACACGUCGCUUCAGGAUGCUCUGCUGGAUUUGGAUUUGGACGGCUGUUCGACGCACUCAGACGGGUUGACAGAGGGUGAAGAGGAUGAAUCUGGUGUGGUAGAAGAGAUUGUUGUGGAAGAAAGCUCGGACGCCGACGAAACAGCUACCUUCUUGCGUCGAUUCAACAUCCUUGUUGACCCCUACCAUUCUGAUCAAGGGCCAAUGCUACAUUGGCCCUAUGUACCAUACCUUAGUCAUGUCCUGGGUGGCAUUCUCAACCAAUCUUCCCGAUUCCUUUUUUAUCUGAAAGCCCUUGAAAAAUGA